AUGUCUUCAACCCCCUCUAUUGUCGAACUACAAGCCUACUCUGAGGAGAUACAAGCCCUUUACAAGAAACUUCCCAACCUCCGCGACCUGCCCGACAACAAAGACGUCCAGAAUCUCGGCGUGAAAGAACAGUCCCUUGAAGACAAAGUAGACGCCUACGUUAAAGGGUUCCUGUAUAUCGGCGGACCGAAACCUCGACGACAGAAGCAACAAGUUACCACAUCAACCUAA